AUGGUUGUUUUAGAAAAUAGAAGAACAAGAAUUCAAAGAACAGAUAUAUCAAAAAGUUUUAUAAAAAAUGAAUCAGAGGAAGAAGAAGAAAUCGAAUCAAAUGAUGACUCUGAUUAUGAAGACCAAGCAGAAGAAUCCGAAGAAUCUGAAAGUGAGCAUUUAGAUCUUGACGAGUCCGAAGAUGAUAAUUCUGAUGAAGAUUAUAGCGAUGGAGAAAGUAUAAAAAAGAAUAGUAAAAAGCCACCAUCAUCAAGAUCAAAACCUACAGCAAAACCAACAGUAGUAAAGAAAACAACAAAUGGAAAAAAGUUAGCAGCAAAAGAUUCAGAUGAUGAUUCAGAUGAUUUUUGUUUACCAAAGUCUAAAAAGAAAACGACAGUUGACAAAGAAAAAGAGCUUAUGGAAUCAAAACUAGUUUAUGAACAAACAUUAAAACAGGCUAGUAUGGAUCAAUGGAUAUUAAAGAAACCAAAUAAUGAAAAAGAGAAAACUGAGCCAAGUAGAUUCUUUUCAUUUGCAAAAAAAUCAUCAACAACAACAACCACAUCAACAGCAGCAACAACAGCAGCAGCAACAACCACUACAACAUCACCAAAUAAAACCAAUAAUGGUACACCACAAAUUUUAAGAUUAGCAUCAAUUAAAAACACACAUAGACCGCUUGGUAUGGGUAACAGUUCAGAAAAGAAUGAUUUUUUUUCAAAUUUUUUAUACAACAAAAGUACUGGUAAAUCAAAAGAAGAAAGUAUAAAAAUUGAAGAUGAGGGAGAAAAGAUUGAAGAAGAGGAAAAGGAAAAUAAGAAAGAAGAAGAGGAAGAUGACUCUUUAUUUGGUAAAGGUUUUAAUUCACCUAAAUUUAAUGCGACCAGUGUUAAAAAUCAUGUCCAAAAAAUGGUUAAAGAUUCACUAUCAGAAAGUGAUACCGAAGAUGAAGAGCUGCCACUAGUAAAUAAAAAGAGAAAAGAAGGAAAAGAUGCUUCUCAACAAAAGAAAACAAUGGUUAUUGAAAUUAGCGAUAAAGAAGAUGAUAGUGAUACUGAAGAAGAAUCUGAACCAAAAUCAAAAAAUAAAAAAUCAGUCACAACAACUAUUGACUCUGAUAAUGAAACAGUGGAAAUUCCAGAUGAAGAAGAGGAAGAAGAAGGUAGUAGAAAUAUUGAUGAUGAACCAACAAUUGAAAAAUUAAUAUAUGCAUGUGAAUGUUUUUCAAAGAGAAUGCUUGAAAUUCUCUCGAAUAGUGAUCUUGAAGAAAAAAAAUUAACAACAACAACUACAACAUCAAUAAACAAAAAAACUACAGAUAAAAAUAAAUUAAUUACACAACCUAAAACAAUAAAUAAAACAAUGAGAAAUUAUCAAUUAAUUGGUUUAAAUUGGAUGGCAGUACUCUAUAAAGAAAAUAUUAAUGGUAUUUUAGCAGAUGAAAUGGGUUUAGGUAAAACAGUUCAAACUAUUAGUGUUUUAGCUCAUAUUAUGGAAACUUAUAAUGACUGUGGACCACAUUUAAUUAUUGUACCAGCCACUGUAAUGUCCAAUUGGGGUAGAGAACUAGAAACAUGGUGUCCAACAUUAAAAGUUAUUAGAUAUUACGGAAACAUUAAAGAAAGAGAAGAAUUACGUUACGAUAUUAGAAAAAUGAAACCAAAGAAAGAUUUCCAUAUUAUUUUAACUACCUAUAAUUUAUUGUUCUCAAAUUUAGAUAGAGCCUUUCUCAAGAAAUUUGACUAUAGUUAUUUAAUUUUAGAUGAAGCUCAAAAUAUCAAAAACAGCGACUCUAGACGUUACAAAAAUAUCUUUAAAAUUCAAUCAAAGCAUAGAUUACUUUUAACAGGUACACCACUUCAAAACAAUCUUUACGAACUUUGGUCACUACUCAAUUUCUUAAUGCCUCAUAUUUUUGGUAGCACCAGUAAAAACAAUUAUCUUUUAAAUCAACUUCUCGAAUAUAAAGGCGAUGAUUCCGACAGUGCUCUCUCUAGAAUGAAGAAAAUUUUAUCACCAUUUAUUUUACGUCGUCUCAAAAGUACCGUUUCAAAGGAGCUUAAACCAAAAAAAGAAAUCAUUGAAAGAUGUGUAAUGCCAGAAUUUCAACAAAAUACUUAUAAUACCGUUAUUAAAAGAUCAAAAGCACAGUGGGCUAAUAGAGAUUUAAUUAAACAAAAAGAAGAUACCAAAAAAAGAAAAAAGAAAUCAACAUCACUUUUAGAUCCAGAUUGCGAUUUACUAGAUUUAACAAUUGAUGAUAGUGUUGUAGAAAACGGAAACGGUGAAGAGAAAUUAACUGCCAAACAAAAAGAAUUGGCAAAACAAAUUAAGCAAGGUAAUGGUUCAUUCGUGUUGAAUAACAUUUUAAUGCAACUCCGUAAAGCUUCAAAUCAUCCAUUAUUAUGUAAAAACAUUUUCUACACUGAAGAGCAAAUCGAUGAUAUAGUUAAAACUCUAGCUAGAAAUGAUAAAGAAUGGAUCGAAUAUCGUUACGACGUUCCAGCACUCAAAGAAUUAUUCCAAAGCUUUUCAGAUUAUGAAGUAUUCAAAAACAUUUGCGAAAACCCAUUAUUAGCCGAUAAAUAUUGGAUCGAUGAUGAACAAUUCUACGAAACCUCCGCAAAAUGUAUAAAACUAAAAGAAAUCCUUCAAAAAGAAAUUCACGAAAAUAAAUCAAAAGUUUUAAUUUUCUCACAAAUGACAAAGGUAUUGGAUAUUUUAGAAGAUGUUCUCAGUAUUUUUGGUGAAAGUUUCACUCGUUUAGAUGGUCAAACACCAGUUAAUGAACGUCAAGAUAUUAUUGAUCACUUUACAAACAGCAAAGAUAUCCCAGUAUUCCUUCUUUCAACAAAUGCAGGUGGUUUAGGUAUCAAUUUAACAUGUGCCAAUGUUGUUAUUUUCUAUGACCUUUCAUUCAAUCCUCAAGUUGAUCGUCAAGCUGAAGAUCGUGCUCAUCGUUUAGGUCAAGAAAGAGAAGUUAUUGUUUAUAAACUUUUAACUGAAAAUACUGUAGAUAUAGAUAUUUUCAACUCUGCAAAUGAAAAAAAGAAAUUAAAUGAUAAUAUUUUAGAAGAAGGUACUUAUACAGAAAAAGAAACAAAACUAGAAUCUAAAAAAAUUUUAAAAAUUUUAGAUUCAAUUUUUACAUAA